AUGGAGCUUAAUGACGACGACUUGGCUCAAGUAGAUGGUCAAAUCGAACCUGAAGCACUCAAUGGGCCCGAAAAUACUUCUGAGCUAGUCCUUCCAUCACUUUCUGAACCAUCAUAUGCCUCAGCGUUGAUAAACUAUCGAGUUCUUGUUUCUGCCAAAGAAGCUGGUUGCCUCAUUGGACAAAAUGGGGCUGUAAUUGAUUCCAUCAGAGAAGAGACAGGAACUAGAGCGGGCAUAUCCAGUCUACAGCCUGGUUCCUACGAGCGAAUUUUGACCGUGAGUGGAACUCUUGAUGAUGCCUCAAAAGCGUUAAGCUACUUCGCCCAGGCUUUGGUCAACGCAUCCACAGAGACCCAAUUCUCCUACAUGUACUUCCCACUCAAGCAGUUACUGCUGAUACCAAACAUAGAGGGGGAAACCACAGUUUUACGUCUCUUGAUUCCAAAUGCCCAAAUGGGUACCAUAAUUGGAUCAAGAGGCGCUCGAAUCCAACAAAUCCAAAGGGAGUGUAACGUCCUGAUGAUAGCAUCCAAGCUCCAUCUUCCAGAGUCGACUGAGAGGUUGGUGAAAUUGCAAGGAACUGUCGACAAUCUAUACGACUCCUUGCGUAUCAUCCUGAGAUGCCUUAUUGAGGACUUUUCAUCCGCCAGGCUCUCAAACGAGGGGGAUGUUAAUGGAGGCCAACGGCGUACUAUUACUACAACUGUCUCUUUUCCCAAUAAUAUCGUGGGUGCAUUGAUAGGCAAAAAUGGUGCUCGAAUCCAAGGGGUUCGCAAAGUGAGUGGAGCUACUAUCGGCAUCUCCGAUGAGGAAGAAGGAGUUCUUGAGCGUGUAUUCACUAUAACGGGCUCGGCAAAGGCUGUGGAGAAGGCCAAAGCAUUGCUUUAUCAUAAUUUGGAGAGAGAGGAAAGUAGACGUGUUCAAGCCGAAUCUGAGCAGGGCUGA